AUGAAUCAUAAAUCUACGUAUAAAUCGUCAUUUGGUGGUUUUACCUCCAUAACAACAAUAAUUCUUGUGUUUCUAUUUUUUUCAACAAAUUUUGUCGAUUAUUUGGCUGGAAAAAAUAUAAUUACUAAGUAAACUUAAAUUUAUGAUGACGACCUAACAAAUCUGCAAUUGAAUGAUUAAGAUUUUAUAAUGGCAUUAGGAAUUGAUCAGACUAACUUUUUGGAUCAACCAUACUUCACGAUAAAUCUCUAAUAAAGGGAAUAUGAAAGACUCCCAAAUGGAACACUUAUUAAAAACAUUACCUAACUUCCUUUGGUUCCAUGCACUUUAGAGCGUUUCUAAUAAAUUUUUGAUCGCUAUGGAAAGAACUUUUCAGAUGAUUUCGAGAGACUUUAACUUAAGAACUUGCUUUGUCCAUAGUAAUGUAUUUGA